UAUAACCGCGGCACACAACACAGAAAUUUUGAUUAUUCGCUUGGAUUUGAUUAUAGUUGCAGCUACAGUUAGUACGUCAGGUAAGACGGCCAAAGAACCAUGUGUAUGGCUGGCUUUAUAAUCAUUAUGACCUCAUUGGUUAUUUCAAACUUGUCAUCUACUGCGUAAAAUUAACGGUCAUCUCAAAGGUGGAAGAAAGGAAUCAACUCAUCUCCACAAUCCUCUUAUUCGUGCUUACGAAACCACGUUCAAAUAUUAAAAGAACUUCCGUUACUCGAAAUGGCUGACGAAAACAGGAUCAAGGCAUUCAAAAACAAAGGCAAAGACACGGAGGAAAUGAGGCGCAGGCGUAUAGGUCAAGCUGUGGAACUGCGAAAGGCCAGGAAGGAGGAUCAGCUGCUCAAACGUCGAAACAUAUCUACAGAUGAGGCCACAUCACCACUACAAGAGAGCAACGUGUCUUCUUCUCCAGUUCCAAUGACUGCUGACGAGAUCAGUUUUGGUAUGAUGAGUCCUGAUGAAGAAGUGCAGUUUAAGGCAACACAAGCUUGUAGGAAGAUUUUGAGUAGGGAGAGGAAUCCGCCCAUUGAUCAUAUGAUCAGACUAGGCGUGGUCCCAAGAUGUGUAGAGUUCUUGGGGAAGACCCACAAUCCGGCGCUGCAAUUCGAAGCCUGCUGGGCGCUAACAAACAUCGCUUCAGGAACUUCCGAACAAACUGCUGCAGUCGUGCAAGAGGGUGCCAUACCGCGCUUACGUUUGCUGUUAUCGUCGCCUCGGUCCGAUGUGGCAGACCAAGCGGUGUGGGCGCUCGGAAACAUCGCUGGAGAUGGGCCCCAUACCAGAGACAUGGUGCUAACCUGCGGAGUACUACAAGAGCUGUUGGUGCUUAUCAGACCAGACUCCAGCGUCUCCUUGCUGAGAAAUGCAGUUUGGACCAUCAGUAACUUGUGCAGGAAUAAGCCACCUCCAAAUUUCGAUUUAGUCAGACCAGCUCUACCUACUUUGGCCAAGCUGCUCAACUACAGCGACUUGGAUGUGUUAGGUGACACGUGUUGGGCGCUAAGCUAUCUAACCGAUGGUUCCAAUGAAAAGAUUCAGGAAGUUAUCGAUACUGGACUAGUUCCCAGGUUGGUGGAGCUACUGUACAGCCCUGAAAAUACAGUGUUAACGCCGGCGCUCAGGGCGGUGGGUAACAUUGUAACCGGAAACGAUCAGCAAACAGAUAUCGUGAUAAGUGCUGGCGCCCUGUCUGCCAUGUCAAAACUGCUACAGCAUCCUAGGCUGAACAUCGUGAAAGAAGCUGCUUGGGCCAUUUCCAACAUCACUGCUGGUAACAGUGAGCAGAUCCAAAAAGUUAUAGACGCAGACAUAAUGCCACCACUGCUGCACGUACUUCAAACAGGUGAUUUCAAAAGUCAAAAGGAAGCAGCUUGGGCAGUAACAAACUAUACUAGUGGAGGAACCAUUGGGCAGUUGGCCAAACUGGUUGAGAUGGGUGCACUGAAGCCGAUGUGUAACCUCCUCAAUUCGAAAGACCAGAAGACUGUUGCAGUCAUUUUGGAUGGCUUAGCCAAUAUCUUGAAUGUAAGUAUAACUCGCAUCGCUGCAAAUAGAAUGGGUGAGGUAGAAAAAAUAGCAAUCCUAAUAGAAGAAUGCGGAGGUUUGGAUGGGAUUGAAGCUCUACAAAAUCACGACAAUGAGAAAAUUUACGAAAAAGCGCUUAGUAUAAUCGAAAACUACUUCUCAGAGCCUGCUAUCGACGAAAACAUGCCAGCCCCUCAGACUGCAGAUGGUCAACUGCAAUUCUCAUCUCCUACCGAUGUGCCUAAUGGAGGAUUUUCAUUCUAAUUGAAGCGCGAGUCGUACCUAUUUCCCUUUCACUAAUUGUGUGAUGUACGACUUCCUAUAAUCUCGCACGAAAUCAGUACUGUAUCUUUUAUACUUUUAUAUCAAUCUCUAUUAUAAGUAACGCAGUUGAUAAUUUACAUUUGGGAUUACAUAAUUCUGUUUUGUUUUUUGUAUGGUCAGCGAUAUUAUUAUGAUUUAAAGUAACUUCAUUGCACAGUGAUUUAUUUCAAAAGCAUAAAUCGUACUAUUAUUUAGUUUUAAUUAUUACGCAUACUGUUACAACUUUAUAAAUAAACCUUUUUGAUAUCAA